AAUGUCAAAAUGAAAGAAACAAAUUGUCAAAAUGUUUGUUUUGUAAUCUAAAUCUAAACUGAACAAAUAAAUACUUUAAAUUUAAAAUAAAUCUAUGCAUUAAUCAGACACAAUGUCUUGUAAUUAUGCCGACGGAUUAUCUCCGUAUGAGAAUAAAGGAAUCCUAGGAGUUCCAGAGAAAUUCGACUCGUUGGAGAAGUUUAACAAAAAGUGCGAACUUUUAGCUCAAUUAAUAGAUCAAGCAAAGCAUGUGGUGGUACAUACAGGGGCCGGCAUCAGUACUUCAGCGGGAAUACCAGAUUUUAGAGGCCCCAAUGGAGUGUGGACAUUAGAAAAAGAAGGUAAAAGACCAACAACAAACAUUUCCUUUGCUGAUGCGGUGCCAACCAAGACACACAUGAUUCUCAAGAAGCUGGUAGAAUGUAACAAAGUACAUUAUAUAGUCAGCCAGAACAUUGAUGGUCUGCAUCUUAAGUCUGGUCUCUCUAGGAAGCAUCUGGCUGAGCUACAUGGCAACAUGUUCAUUGAUGAAUGUAAUUUGUGUAAAAGGCAAUUUGUGCGAAGUAGUCCAGUUGAGACAGUGGGUAAGAAGUGCAGUGGAGUGCCAUGUGCAGCAGAACAUGUGACAGGCAGACCAUGCAGGGGACGACUGUAUGAUGGAGUUCUGGACUGGGAACAUAGCCUGCCGGAGAAUGAUCUCACCAUGGCGGAAUGGCAUUCUAGUAUUGCAGACUUGAGUAUAUGCUUAGGAACAACUCUUCAAAUAGUACCCAGUGGCAAUUUACCUUUGGAGACUGUGAAAUAUGAUGGGAAACUAGUCAUUUGUAAUUUACAGCCUACAAAACAUGAUAACAAAGCAGACCUCAUAAUCAACUACUAUGUAGAUGAUGUACUAGAAAAAGUAAUGAACAUACUCAACAUAGAUAUACCGACUUACAAUGAAGAUGACAACCCUAUAAAAAGGGCUGACACUGCAAUCAUAGACUGGACAAUCGAUAGACGCGACGUACUAGCACUAGAGAAAAAAUACAAAGCAAAAUGCAAAGGGGUAAAGAAAAAAAGGAUUUUAAUUAAAAAUAAACGCAAUAGUACUGAGAUUACUUCGGAAAAUGGUGUCAGUGAUGAUAAAACGAAAAUAAUUAAGUUAGAUGUUAAGGAAGAGCAAAAUGGUGAUUUAGAAGUUAAGCCUGAACCUGAAGAUGUAAGUUUAAAUGGCCAGAGUGCUGAGGAAUAAAGAAAAAUACCGAACACUACCAAAGUACUUGGUUUACGUAUAUACUCUAUGAAUACUUACCGUAAACGGGUAGAUAGAAUUCAAGGGGUAAAUAGAUAUAGAAGAGGGGUGAAUAAAUGUUGGGAUUUUUUUUUACAUCUGUUCACCCCAUUAUUGUGUCUAUUCACCCUGUUUUACCCUUAUAGAUAGGACAAAGAUGUAAAUUGAAUAGCUAAAUAAGUGAAAAUCCACAAAUAAUUUUAAAAUAAGGAUGAUUUGAUGUUUUUACAAUGAAGGAUGGAUUUCUUAGUUUACAGAAUUGGAGCAUGUUUAACUUAAACCAAUUUUUUAUUCUCAAUACUUAAGUACAAAGCCAUUCCACUAUAUUUUAUUUAUUUUUAAUGUUGAAACAAUGGACCUAAGUGAACAAAAUAUAUGUAUGAACAAUGCCUAUAAUACUACCAUUUAUUAUUUUUGUAAGAAAUGAAACACAUUGAUUAUAAUAAAAUAAAUAUUUUUUUU